GAGCCCUGCUUGGUUUCCAUGACAACCACUCAUUGAUAGACAUAAUCGAUCUGCCGCUUCAACGCCUCAGAUUGAUGAGGAUAUUUCAGAGGUUUUAAUCUGAAAGGCUCCAUUAACUGAUCACUGAUCGAUCAUAUUGACGACCUGAUCAGUUAUUCUAGAAAUCAGGUGGGAAUUUUACAUUUAAAGUUAGAAGACUAUUAAAUUUAGUAAGAAAAAGUCAAAUAAUGAUUGAAAACGAGGAUUUUGGCACAAGAAAUUGAUGAAUUACAUAAAGAAACUGAUUCAGAUUAAACAUGUUUAAUAAAUGUCCAGAUUAGAUGAGAUGAAUUUAAUUAAAGCUUUUAUGAAGAAAUCUCUUCCUCAUGAUCAACACAAGCUUCAUUAUUUCACUCGUUUUAACAACUAUCAUCAUCCACAAGAAGAAAAUACCGAGAGACAUUUCUGUAAAAUAAUAACUAAUGUUUAAUAUUAAUAUAGUUUUUUGUCAGCCUGAUGUAGAAACUUUAUUCUGUUCUCCUCCUUCCGUUUUCCAACACCUGGUCGCUCAGCGGCUCAGGAGCAGCUGCUGCCUCUCCAGGUAACUUUGAAUCUCAUCAAUCGACUAAAACCCCUUUGUUCUGUCACAAUGAUCGAUUAAUUGGAUUGGGAUUUUCCCGCUCCAGACGCGGCUCUGUGUUGAGCCUCUGGGCGGAAGCUGCUCCAUAAAACAUGGCGUCGAGUCGCAUUUAUUCUGGACAAACUUCCUUUUACGUUCAUCAAUUUCCACAUCAACUUUAAAAUAGUUGAUUUUUUAAUUUUUACGUGAUGACGACGUCAUCAUCACAUACGGUGACGUCAUCAUACGUGACGUCAGCCCACAUCGACACGCCCACCACCAGGUGUCAAAGCCGCUGCUCCUGUCAGAUCAAUAAUUACUUAUUUCAUUCAUAUGACGCUUAUAGAGCCUCAGUGACAAUUUGUUUAUUAUUAACUCAGAAAACUGAUCGAUUCAUUUACUGCAUGUUGAUGUUGAUGCGGCUCUUUAAACCAUUUAUCACAUAUGAAUAAAUCAAUAUUACAUAUUCAUAUGUUUCUGGGAUCAAUGGUGACGUCGUUAUGAAUAAAAAUGGAUUUUAUUUUUAUAUAUUUAAAUAUUUAAUGACGUUUUACCGUCCACGUCACCGUGCGCGGUCUGACGUCAUUAUUGCGCGCCGGUUGUAAACAGAGGAAUGUAGUUUAUCCGGAACUUGACCGGGUCGGUACCGGUAGGUCCUGCUGGAGUCCAGCUGACCUGGAGCAGCUGACUGGUUCGGUCCGGUUCGGUUCGGUUCGGGAACUGUCCGGUUCGGAGAGUUCUUCCGGGUCAUGUUCGGUUAUUUGAACGGAACCUGAAGACCGACCGGCUUCAGUCUGAGCCGACCCGGUUCGGCACGCCAUCAUCAUCAGAACCGAGUCGGAACCUGGGCUCGAACUUGACCAGCUGUUUCCCUUCGGAACCAGAAUGCGAUCCAAGAUGGCUGCCCUGUUCCUCCUCCUGGUUCUGGUUCUGGUUCUGCUGCUCUUCCUCCAGCGGUUCUCCUCCUCCUCCUACCGGCCGCCGCCGCACCGACCCGCCUCACGCAGAACCGGACCGGCCCGGCCCGGUUCCUCUGAAGGAGACGGACUCCAGUACGGAGUCAUGUUUGAUGCUGGGAGCACUGGGACCAGAGUCCACGUGUUCCGGUUCCGGAUGGAGAACCGAGGGUUUCCCAGUCUGGACCGGGAGACGUUCCGGGCCAUAGAACCGGGCCUGUCCGCGUACGCCGACGACCCGCAGAAGUGCUCCGCCGGCAUCGUGGCGCUGUUGGACCUGGCCCGGUCCGUCGUCCCCCCGUCCCACUGGACCAGAACCCCGGUGGUUCUGAAGGCCACGGCCGGCCUGAGGCUGCUGCCUGGAGACAAGGCCGAGCAGCUGCUGGACCGGGUGAGGGCGCUGUUCCGGGAGUCUCCCUUCCUGUCCACGGAGGACGGCGUGUCCAUCAUGGACGGAACCGACGAAGGGAUCUCAGCCUGGAUCACCAUCAACUUCCUGACAGGCGGGCUGCAGGGUCCGGACCGGCCCACCGUUGGCAUGUUGGACCUCGGCGGCGGCUCGACCCAGAUCACCUUCAGCCCCCGCCAUGAGAAAACCAUCCAGAUGUCGCCAAUCGAUGACAUCAGAUCCUUCCAGAUGUUCAACCGCACACACACCGUCUACACACACAGCUACCUGGGUCUGGGUCUGAUGUCGGCUCGGCUCGCUGUCCUUGGAGCCGUGGACACUCCUCCCUCAGGGGGCAGCGCUGAGCGGGUCAGCCCCUGCCUUGCUCCAGGGUUCUCGGGCAGCUGGGAACACGCUGACGUCGUCUACACCCUGAAGGGCCAGAAGGAAGGGGAGCCGGUUUACGAGGCGUGCCUGAACAAAGUCCAGAAGGUUCUGUACAGGAAGCUGAGCGCGGCGCCUGAGGCGGCGGACGUCGACUUCUACGCCUUUUCCUUCUACUACGACCGCGCCGUCGACCUUCAGGCCAUCGAUGAGGCGGCGGGCGGAACCAUCCGAGUGUCGGACUACGGCCAAGCAGCUGAGAGAGUGUGCCGCGGCCCGCCGGACCUCCAGAACCCCUUCCUGUGUCUGGACCUGGUCUACAUCUCGGUUCUGCUGCAGGAACUCGGCUUUCCGGCCCACAAGCAGCUCAGGCUGGCCCGGACCGUCCGCCAGGUGGAGGCCAGCUGGGCCCUCGGCGCCGCCUUCCAGCACCUGGAGGCCCUCAGGAGACACUGAUGCUUUUAUUCUGAAGGGCUCCACACAACAUCCUGCUCUGAUCCAGGCCACCUGGAGGCGACCUCUGACCUGCAGCGGGAUCAUCAAGGUGCCAUGGAGACGAACAGAAGCUGUGACCUAUGACCUCACUUUCUGGGUUGGUUCUGGACCAGAGCCGCUGAGCGGUACCGACGGGUCUGCAAACAGACAGGACCAGGUCCGGUUCUGAACUGGUACCAAUUGGACUCUUGGACUGGUGAAUAAAGCUGUGAACUUUGA